AACAUGUUGGGAAAAACAACAGCAGACUCUUUCUUUCUCCUUCCUCGGGUUCCAUCACGCAGCAGCAGCAGCAGAGUGUGUUAUAGCUGAAUGUUAACUGUACCUCCCUUCUCAUUCUUCAUCUCCAUAGAGCACGAUGCAUAGCUUCAACCUCACAAGUUCUUCCAAUCGAUUCAACAAGCAAUAGCCACAGAAGAAGGUGCGGUUUUCUCUGUAAUAUCUCAAUCCCUUCCACCUAAUUUUCUAUUCAUUUGUUGGUUUUCUGUGUAUAACAAUGACUUCCCAGAAGACCCUUUUGAGAAUUGUCAACAAUGGUGUGUCCUUUCCUUCAAAGCAGAACCAACAACAACAACUUGAACUUGCCCAGAAGAUAACCCACAGCCUCAUCAAUUCAACUGGUCCCAACUAUUUCAAACCCUUGCACUCCAUGAUCUCCUGCAUCACCCCCCAUGUUACUCACCGUGUUCUCUCAGACCCCAAUCUCCCACCUCGUUCUUGUUUAGCCUUUUUCAACUUCCUGGGAACCCAACAUCCCCAUACUGCACUCAAGCCUGACCUUAAGGCCCAUGUGAUUCUCCUUUCCAGGCUUUUUGAUGCCCGAAAAUUCGCCGCCAUGAAGAGCAUUUUGAAUUCUGUUGUUGCUAGUGGGGAGAUUCAAUGUCCUGUUUCUGGUAUUGUUUCAUUGGUUGAUGAAUGUGAGCCCCAUUUUGCUGAGAAGCUGUGUGAUAUGUUGUUCAGGGUCUGUUCUGAUAAUAGGUUGUUUGAAGAGGCUUUUAGGGUCUAUGAUUAUGUGGAAGGGAAGGGGUUGGUGAUAGAGGAGAGGUCUUGCUUUGUGCUUUUGCUUGCUUUGAAGAAAUGUGGGGAGGUAGACUUGUGUCUUAGGUUUUUCCGCCAGAUGGUCGAGUCGGGUAGCAUUGAAAUCAGGGUUCAGUCUUUGACACUUGUGAUUGAUGGGUUGUGUAAGAGAGGAGAGAUUGGGAAAGCUAAGGAGUUGAUGGAUGAGAUGGCGGGUAAAGGCGUUGUGAAACCAACCGUGUUUACUUACAAUACAUUGUUAAAUGCAUAUGUUGCAAGAAAGGAUCAACGUGGAGUUGAUGAGAUACGAAGACUGAUGGAGAAGGAGCAAAUUGUUCCUAGUUUGGCUACAUAUAGUAUUUUGAUACAAUGGUAUGCGAGUUUAGGUGAUAUCGGGAAAGCUGAGAAGAUAUUUGUGGAAAUGCAUGAGAGAAAUAUAGAAAUGGAUGUUUACGUCUAUACAUCAAUGAUAAGUUGGAAUUGUAGGUUAGGAAAUAUUAAAAGGGCUUCUGCUUUAUUUGAUGAGAUGACUCAGAGAGACAUAGUUCCUAAUGCUCAUACUUAUGGGGCCUUGAUUUGUGGGAUGUGCAAAGCAGGUCAAAUGGAGGCUGCGGAAGUCUUGUUAAAAGAGAUGCAAAUUAAUGGAGUUGACCUAAAUUUAGUAAUAUUUAACACCAUGAUGGACGGUUAUUGCAAAAGAGGAAUGAUAGAUGAAGCUUUGAGACUGCAAGAUAUCAUGGAAAGGAAAGGAUUUGAAGCGGAUGUAUUUACAUACAACAUUCUUGCUAGUGGGCUCUGUGAUUUGCAUAGGUAUGAGGAAGCCAAGAGGACAUUGAAUACAAUGAUAGAGAAGGGUUUGGCUCCAAAUGUUGUGUCUUUCACUAUAUUUAUUGAGAUAUGUUGUAAAGAAGGAAACCUUGCAGAAGCUGAGAGGUUCUUUAGGGACAUGGAGAAGAGGGGAGAUGUGCCUAAUAUUAUUACAUAUAAUACUCUAAUAGAUGCAUAUAGCAAGAACGAAAAAGUUAAGCAAGCUCGUAUGUUAAAAUCUGAAAUGGUAGCGACGGGAUUACAGCCAGAUGUAUAUACAUACACAUCACUAAUACUAGGGGAAUGUAUUGUUGGCAGGGUAGAUGAGGCAUUGAAAGUUUUCGAUGAAAUGUUGUUAAAGGGCAUAACUGGAAAUGUUGCGACAUAUACGGCGAUUAUUUCAGGUUUAUCCAAGGAGGGGAGAUCUGAUGAAGCAUUUAAAUUUUAUGAUGAGAUGAUGACAAUGGGCCUAAUACCUGAUGAUAGAGUUUUCGCCGCACUUGUUGGCAGCCUUCAUAAACCCAGCUCUGAUGGGGAACAAAAGUAGACACCUUUGAUGCCUCAAGCCUGGUCAAAUAUUGGUCGGUCAAAUUCACACAUGAAGGCAGCUGCAUACAAUGGUGGCUAAGGUUUUGAGAUGAUGAUGAUUUUUUCCUUAAAGCUCAAGCAAGAAGACAGUUGUAUGGAGAAAAUCCAUCUUCUACAUUACGAAAGGAGAGCUUGGUAAAUGGGAUACUUUCCAAAUAUUCUGGUAUGCUGAAAGUUAAAGAUAGCUGGCGAAUUGUUCGCAGAGAUAUUUAUUUCCUGGUACUUGUUGUAAACAUUCUUAACCAAUCAAUCAAGUUGUAGUGCUUGUUCCAAACUGUAAACUUUUUUACCAAAAUAUCCUUACUUGAUAUUUCCAUAUUUUUUUAAUCUUACAAUGUAUAUUGAUCUCACAGAAGAAAGGAUCGAUGACAGAGAACGAUAAUUCUCAUUCUGAUUAAGUUGAGUAUAUUAAUUGCUUAUA